UUUUGGUUAUAAAAAGAUACGGGACCCUUUCUUUCACUCUCACUGCAACUGAAGUUAAGUGUAGUGGUUGGUUGCUAAAGGGAGUACAAAAUGGGGAGAAAAAAUGUUGGUGAGAUGGUGGUGGUUUUGGUGACCCUCUUGCAUAUUUGGUUGGUUUGUGUCACUGCUUCAUCACUAGGUAACAUCAACAACUAUGAGGAGCAUCUUAGAAGAAACCUUCUUGCUAAUGGCCUUGGUAAAACUCCUCCUAUGGGGUGGAACAGUUGGAAUCAUUUCAGUUGUCAAAUUGAUGAAAAAAUCAUACGGCAAACUGCUGAUGCCCUGGUUUCAACUGGUCUAUCUAAGCUUGGAUACACCUAUGUCAACAUAGAUGAUUGUUGGGCUGAACUUAAUCGUGAUAAUAAGGGUAAUCUGGUGGGGAAGAAAUCAACAUUUCCUUCUGGCAUCAAAGCACUUGCAGAUUAUGUUCAUAGCAAGGGUCUUAAGCUUGGAAUUUAUUCAGAUGCAGGGUAUUUUACAUGUAGCAAAAAAAUGCCUGGUUCACUAGGUCAUGAGUUUCAAGAUGCCAAAACUUUUGCAUCAUGGGGAAUUGAUUACUUGAAGUAUGAUAACUGUAACAAUGAUGGAUCAAAUUCCACUGUUAGGUAUCCUGUUAUGACUCGGGCUUUAGCGAAAGCAGGUCGUCCAAUCUUCUUUUCGCUAUGUGAAUGGGGACAAAUGUAUCCAGCUUUAUGGGGUGCUAAAGUGGGAAAUAGUUGGAGAACUACUAAUGACAUAAAUGAUUCAUGGGAAAGUAUGAUUUCGAGGGCCGACCUGAAUGAAGUUUAUGCCGAGCAUGCAAGACCUGGUGGCUGGAAUGAUCCUGACAUGCUUGAGGUUGGAAAUGGAGGGAUGACAAAAAAUGAAUAUAUUGUUCACUUCAGUUUGUGGGCCAUUUCAAAGGCUCCUCUUCUUCUAGGUUGUGAUGUUAGAAAUGUGACUAAAGAGACCAUGGAGAUAGUCUCUAAUAAGGAAGUUAUUGCAGUUAACCAAGAUUUGCUUGGCGUACAAGCUAAGAAAGUUAGGAUGGAAGGAGAUGCUGAGAUAUGGGCAGGUCCUCUUUCAGGUUACAGGGUAGCUGUUGUGUUCCUUAAUAGAGGCCCACAGAAGCAUAUAGAUAUAACAGCUAAUUGGAAUGACAUUGGCAUUCCACCAAAAACUGUUGUUCAAGCAAGAGACCUUUGGGAGCACAAGACAUUGAAGACACCUUUUGUGAACAAGUUGAGGGCAACCGUAGAAUCACAUGCUUGUAAAAUGUAUGUGUUGAAACCAGUAGCAUGAGUUCUAGAAGACUAGAACACAGUUACAUAGAUUGGAGCUUUUAGAAGCAUUGUUGUUAAUUUUUUUGAGAGGAGCAUUGUUGUUAAUUGGAAAUAGGUGUUUAUUUCUGAGUAAAAUAAAUGUCAACUUGUAUAUCAUCAGGUUCAGUUUAUUUAAUAAAGAUUGUUCAUCUGCUUCAAUUGAUUGAACUUUGCUAGCUACCAUAUUUUGUGUACCAGUUCAAAUGAUUUGGUUGAUGUGUACAUGGGUUAUUUAGAAGAUGCACAAUUAUUUGGAA